AUUGUCACCUACUUAACAGAGGAGGAAGCUGAGGCCUAGAGGGGGAGCCGUCUGGUCCAGUGUUGCCAGGGCCAGUUGGCUGCGGAGCCAGUUCUGGACCUUGUAUGUCUAGCUCCUGCCACCCCUGCUCUGGGAGCCUGCAGCCCCCAGGCAGGGGCUGACUGGUGAGGGCCCUGGGGUCCUGGAGGCCAGCCUCAGCCACUCCUCACAGCGAGGGCUCUGGGGGGAGACUUGGCUGUGGGCUGCAGGCUGCCCAAGGGCCAUGCACGAAGCUGGGCAGGGCUGGCACCAGUGUCCCUGGACUGGUUGCACCAAGUCCUGCUGCCCGACCCCCAUCCCAGACUGGGCCAGACCUGGGCCCUUCCCUGUCCCUCCUCUUCCCUGAGGUUCUAGGUCUCUGCCAUCUACUCUCAAAUUCUAAAAGGCUUCUUCGAUUCUCGGUCCUGAAAGCUUCUGCAACCCCAUCGCCUCUCUCUGUCUCUCUUUGUCGUUCCUUUUUGCUCACUCUCUCUUUCUCCCCCUCCCUCCCUUUCAGUCCCAACACUCUAAGUGUCUCAGCUGCUACAGGCGACUGUGGCGGACCUUAAUGGAAGAGCCAGUCUGGAGACAGGGUUGGCACUGCCCCUUUCCCCAAGAGCUAGUGCUGCCGGCCAAAGGGAGGUGGGCUGGGGCUGAAUAUAGCCCAGCUCCCGGGGGACCUCGCGCCUGCAAGUGUCAAAGAUGGUGAUGAAUUGCCCUGGGGACCAUCACAGCCUAAAUGGCUCCUGCAGCCCAUCUCAUGCUAGUUAAUGACCUUUGGGACCGCUCAGAGGGGAGGGGAGGGGGCUGGAGGCUGCGAGGGGGGCUGCUGCCAGGCUUCUUAUCUGUGCGGCCUCAAGAUUCCUGACAGCUUUUUUUCAUGUUGGUGUCCUGCAAAAAAGGAUGUACCAUCACCCUGGACUGGGAAACCAAGCCCAACCACACUGUUCAUUUUCUGUCUGCAGGACUUAGCAGAGCCUUUGAUAUUCGAAUUCACGAGACCAAGCAGGGCCUGUGGUAUUUCUCUAACUUGGGAACUAGUGCUUCUUAGGAAGUGCUCAGCCAUGUUACCUCAUGGUAAAGUCAGGGAGAUUGUCCCUGGGAAAAGAAGGAAGGAACUCUGGAGCCCGCAAUGACUAAAAUGUGGGCUGCGAGAGUGAGUAGUGAUGUUUGAAUCCUGGCUUGGCUACCUACUUGCUAUGAUAUCUUGGGCAUCACUCAACCUCUCUGGACUUCAGUUUCCUUAUCUCGCUCCCGGGGACAAUGACAGCCCUCGCUUCAUAGAGUUAAGGGGAGGAUUGCAUGAUAAUUGAUGAACAGCGCUUUGCAUGCCUGGCAUGGUGCCAGGCACAAAGUGAGCCCUUGCUAAGUGGGGAUUGGUAUCUUCUUCCUCCUCUUCUGGGAUUCCAGUGUCUUUUCCGCUGUGCCGGAUGGACCCCUGUUUAUUGCCAGUCGCCGUGUGCUGUUCUGCCCGGCACUGCGGGGCUGGAGUGGGGGCCGGUAGGGUGAGGAUGUGGUGGCGGCCUAAGGCCCAGGGUAUCAGACCUUUGCAGACACAUCACAAGGCUGGCAUCCCACAGAGGAGCGUGUGUGUGCAAAGGUGUGGAGGUGGGAUCGCUUAAGCCCCAGCUCAUCUCUGGUGCUGCCUUCUCAGGGUGACCAUGGGGAGGAAGACGGCUGCCCAGGUGUUGCUGCAGAAGACCCUGUUCCUGCUGGGUCUGCUCCUGGUUCAAGGUGCCCACGAAGGGAGCUCCCGGGAAGACUUCCGCUUCUGUGGCCAGCGGAACCAGACGCAGGAGAGCAGCCUCCGUUACGAGCGGACGGCCGAGCUGCACAUCUCCAUCCGCAACUCCGAGGAGGCCCUCACGGUCCACGCGCCCUUCCACGGCGCCCAUCCAGCGUCUUGGCCGUUCCCCCACCCCAGGGGCCUCUACCACUUCUGCCUCUACUGGGACCGCCGUGCCGGCCACUUGCGUCUUCGCUACGGCAAGAGCGACUUCGUGCUGAGCCACCAAGCCUCGGACCUCCUCUGCUUCCGGCAUCAGGAGAGCGUGGCCCAGGGAAGCCCGCUGUUUGCCACCUCCGUCCGCUCCUGGUGGAGCCCCCAGAACACCAGUCUGCCCAGGGCAGCUGGCUUCGUCUUCUCCUUCCACAACCCCCCUCCAAAGACCCCCCACAACGCCUCGGUGGACAUAUGUGAGCUCAAGAGAGAUCUCCAGCUGCUCAGCCAGCUUCUGAAGCACCCUCAGAAGACUUCAAGAAGGCACCAGUUCAUCCCUGCCAGCCAGCGGCUGCAGAGCCUGGAGUCUAAGCUGACCUCCGUGAGCUUCACAGGGGACUCGGCGUCCUUCGAAGAGGACCGCAUCAACGCCACGGUGUGGAAGCUCCGGCCCACAGCCAGCCUCCAGGACCUGCACAUCCACGCCCGGCAGGAGGAGGAGCAGAGCGAGAUCCUGGAGUACUCGGUGCUGCUGCCCCGCGCAGUCUUCCAGAAGACCAAAGGCCGGAGGGAGGAGGCUGAAAAGAGACUCCUCCUGGUGGACUUCAGCAGCCAAGCCCUCUUCCAGGACAAGAAUUCCAGCCAGGUCUUGGGAGAGAAGGUCUUGGGUAUUGUCGUGGAGAACACCAAAGUUGCCAACCUCUCGGAGCCCGUGGUGCUUACCUUCCAGCACCAACCACAGCCGAAGAAUGUGACUCUUCAGUGUGUAUUCUGGGUCGAAGACCUGACAUUGAGCAGCCCGGGGAGCUGGAGCGAUGCCGGGUGUGAGACCAUCAGGAGAGAGACGCAGACGUCCUGCCUCUGCAACCACCUGACCUACUUUGCGGUGCUGAUGGUGGCCUCCGUGGAGGUGGACGCCGCCCACAAGCACUACCUGACCCUCCUCUCCUACGUGGGCUGUGUCAUCUCCGCCCUGGCCUGCGUCCUCACCAUCGCCGCCUACCUCUGCUCCAGGAGGAAGUCUAGGGAUUACACCAUCAAGGUGCACAUGAACCUGCUGCUGGCUGUCUUCCUGCUGGACGUGAGCUUCCUGCUCAGUGAGCCCGUGGCCCUGGCAGGCUCCGAGGCCGCCUGCCGCGCCAGCGCCAUCUUCCUGCACUUCUCCCUGCUCGCCUGCCUCUCGUGGAUGGGCCUCGAGGGCUACAACCUCUACCGACUGGUGGUCGAGGUCUUUGGCACCUACGUCCCUGGCUACCUGCUCAAACUCAGCAUCGUGGGCUGGGGCUUCCCCAUCUUCCUGGUGGCGUUGGUGGCACUGGUGGAUGUGAACAACUAUGGCCCCAUCAUCCUAGCUGUGCACAGGACUCCAGAGAGUGUCAUCUAUCCUUCCAUGUGCUGGAUCCGUGACUCCCUGGUCAGCCAUGUCACCAACCUGGGCCUCUUCAGCCUGGUGUUUCUGUUCAACAUGGCCAUGCUGGGCACCAUGGUGGUACAGAUCCUGCGGCUGCGCCCACAUGCCCAGAAGUGGCCCCAUGUGCUGACACUACUGGGCCUCAGUCUGGUCCUUGGCCUGCCCUGGGCCUUGGUCUUUUUCUCCUUUGCUUCUGGCACCUUCCAGCUUGUCGUCCUCUAUUUCUUCAGCAUCAUCACCUCCUUCCAAGGCUUCCUCAUCUUCCUCUGGUCCUGGUCCAUGCGCCUGCAGGCCCGGGGCGGGCCUUCCCCUCUGAAGAGCAGCUCAGACAGUGCCAGGCUCCCCAUCAGCUCUGGCAGCACCUCGUCCAGCCGCAUCUAGGCCACCAGCCCCCCGCCGGUGUGAGGAAGCCGAGAUGCAACCUCUCUUCACUGCUCCCUGUGGCUGCUUCAGCCAGGCCCGGCCCUUGGUGAGCGAGCCGGAGCCUUGAGAGGGCCCGAGGACCUUGGAGGGAUGGGGCUGUCCCCAUGGCAGCCAGACUCCCAGGCUGGGCCUUCCGAAUUUGCCUGGGGACUCCUCGGCUCUCUGGUCCAGCCUGCUGGGGCUUAGGUGUGGGACUGUCCCCAGCCAUCCUAGCCUGGAGCUGAAGGCUGGUCUUGACUUAGUACCAUGGGGCCAGCACUCGUGGCUUGGGGUAGGGAGUCUGCAGGCCUUGGACCUUGGAGGCAGGUGGCGUCCUUGUCCCCAGCCCAGGACAGAAAUGUGCCGUAGCUGCUCUGUCUGUGUCUGAUGACCACGAGGGACUCUGUAGCCCCUGCCAUUUUAACCUCCGGAUGGCACGCAGGGAAACGGGUUGGGACAGUGCUUUGGGCCAGACCCUUGGAGGAGCAGAGCCCCUCCCUAGAGCAUCACAACAGCUCCCCUACCUCUGAGCCCAGGGCCCUGGCCCUUGGCUUCCCUCCCCAGCCCUUCCUCUCCCCUUCCUGGUCCUCCCUUCCUCUCCUGGGACCUCCCUACCCCUCCGUGCACAGCCCGGGGUCCCCAGUUCCAGUGCUGGAUUUGGGGUGGUGGUUCCCAAGAGCCGCCUGGUACCUACUGUAAAACUUUCUCUACUGCAUGGGCCUCUGCCUGCCCCUGACUCAGGCUUAGUGUAGACGUUCUGGGCUGGGCUACGUCCGUCUUGCCAUCUGGGCCUCUCCGGAAGCUGUAUCACCCUUGCUCACCACUGCCGAGCCCACACCUCACAGGGCCUUGCAACCUCUCCUGAAGCCGCUUUGUGGCAAGAACUGUGGAUCAUAGCCCCCCAAAUGUGUUUCCACCCCAGCAUUCCGAAGACUGAGACACGCCUCCCCUGAUGAUCUAGAGCCUAAUGGGCUCCUAAGAGGCCAUCUCAGAACCCUUGCAGACACUCUUGAGCACACUGCAGCCCAGUGCAGUUAAUUCUGCUGGACCCAGCUGGCCAGACCAGGUUGCUCCCCGUCUGAGCGCUCAUUCUGAUGUGGGAGGCGUGCAUGAGACAAGAACUCUUGGAGCUACAGGCACCGAGUUGGGGGAGCCAUCAUUCCUGGUUGGAAUCCAAGAAGACUUCCCGCAGGAGGCGGCAUUUCACCUGGAUCUCAGCCUUAAAGAUGGGGAGGAUUUGCUUUGUAAUUACCAGUUCAUUUGUCUUUGGCUAUUAAAGAGAAGUACAUGUUCGUUGUAGAGAAUUGGAAAUGUAGAAGAAUACACAGAAGAAAAUAAAAGUCAGCUCUUAUCACCUAACCAACCAA